AUGGCAUUAGGAAUGCAGCAAGUCUUCCAGGGCACGCCCUACGUGAACGGAACAGCAUCCGGCAUUUUGAUAGCGUCUGAUCUCGAACUGAGUUUCUGGGGUGGAGUUGACCCAAGCACAGGGGAGAUCAUCGAUCGGUUUCAUCCGCUGAGUGGCCAACUUUUGAAGGAUGCCGUCCUGGCAAUCCCUAGUGGGAGAGGAUCAUGUGGCGGAAGUGUGAUCAUGCUAGAACUCAUCCUGAACGGCCUAGGCCCUAAGGCUCUGAUAUUUGAGCGAUGCGAGGAGAUUAUCACACUUGGGGUCAUAGUGGCCGAUGAGCUUUUCAACCAGACAGUUCCUGUGGUGACAAUUAAACCCGAGGAUUUUCGCCAGGUUCGGAUGUGGAGUGGGAAGACGGUCUACAUCGCGGGCGACCAAGUAUCGGAUGGCAAGUUGGAUCUCAGCACUCCUGACAGAGACGCCGAUCCUGGUACCGAUAUGAAAGCACCAAACGUCGAGCUUUCCGAUUUUGACCGCGCAACCCUUGACGGAGCGAAUGGCGACGCAGCGAGACUUGCGAUGAGGGUCAUUGUUCGGAUGGCACGCAUGAUGAAAGCCCCAGAAUUGAUGGACGUGAGCCAAGCUCAUGUGGAUGGUGCUUGGUUCGGACCGGGGUCUGUUGCCUUUGGAAAGAGAAUGCGGGACUUGGGUGGGAAAUUCCGAGUUCCUACGACAAUCAACUCCAUAAACAUAGACCAAAGACGCUGGCAGUCUCUGGGCAUUGACACUCAGUUUGGCACGGCCUGUGAUGAGUUAGCCGGGGCCUUUGUCGAAAUGGGCGGGAAAGUAUCCUUCACCUGCGCGCCAUAUUUGCUUGAAAGUGCCCCCAAGCGGAGUGACCCCAUCGCAUGGGGGGAGUCUAAUGCCGUUACCUAUGCCAAUAGUGUCCUUGGUGCGAGGACACUGAAAUUCUCCAACAUGUUUGAAUGUUUAAUUGCAUUGACAGGUCGUGCCCCUAAAUCCGGUGUGUACUUGGACAAGAACCGGCUCGCCUCAGUCUGGAUCAGAGUACAAGUGCCCGAAGACGCGGACGACUCGUUCUGGCCUAUUCUUGGUUACAGCGUCGGUGCUAUUGCGAAGCACCGCAUUCCAGUUAUUACGGGCGUGGAGGGCCUUGGACCUUCCAGUGACGAUCUCAAGGCGUUCUCUGCUGCGUUCGCUACAUCUUCCAGUGCACCUAUGUUUCACAUGGUUAAGUUGACGCCAGAAGCUCCCACCCUCGAAACCGUGUGCCCUGAUGGAAUUCCCCCGGAGGUGACUGCGGACUUGGGCCGAAAAGAGCUUGAGUCUUGUUGGGACGAAUUCAAUCACGGAUCUUCGCCUCGGCAAGUUGGCCUCAUCUCCCUUGGGAAUCCACAUUUCUCCUGCCGGGAGAUUGAAAGACUAGCACGCCUAUGCCGAGGCAGAAUCAAACACAAGGACGUCGCUAUUAUCGUAACGUGUGGCCGUGCUCAGCAUAGUCUUGCUACACAAGCGGGCCACGUUCACGAACUGGAGAAGUUUGGCGUCCAGUUUCUCACCGAUACUUGCUGGUGCUUUAUAACGGAACCGGUCAUCCCGAAAAGUACCCCGGUUAUCAUGACAAACUCCGGCAAGUUCAUCCACUACGGGCCCGGACUCACCGGUCGAGCGUUCUGUUUUGGCAGUUUGCAGAUGUGUGUAGACGCUGCAUGCUCCGGGGAAAGCACCGGAACACCACCUGCAUGGUUGCAGGCCGCUAGAACCGCCUAG